AUGGUUGUCACUUUCAACGCCGGAGGUAAUCCCCCGAGAGAUUUCCAACUCCGGAAUCUCAGUCGAAAGAUUCUGGACAAACUUGAUCCUAAGAUACACAAACCGAAUCGCAAUCAUGCAACAUCCCGCCAACCUGUCCAGCUCGUUGAUAUUCUCAUUUGUUGCAGGGUGGACAUGUCGCAGGCCCACAGGAACGGCAGCUACUACCAGUGCUGCUCGGGCUUUUGCAUCGAUUUGCUCCAGAAAUUCAGUGAGGAAUUGGGCUUCACGUACGAGCUCGUCAGGGUAGAAGACGGGAAAUGGGGUACCAACGAAAACGGCAAAUGGAAUGGCCUAAUUGCGGACCUUGUCAAUCGCAAGACUGAUAUGGUCCUGACUUCGCUCAUGAUCAACGCUGAGAGAGAGGCGGUGGUGGAUUUCAGUGUACCGUUUAUGGAAACGGGCAUAGCGAUUGUGGUAGCGAAACGAACCGGAAUUAUUUCCCCGACUGCAUUCCUGGAACCGUUCGACACAGCUUCCUGGAUGUUAGUGGGAAUAGUCGCUAUUCAAGCUGCCACAUUCACCAUAUUCCUUUUCGAAUGGCUGUCUCCCAGCGGUUUCAAUAUGAAGGUGUCGUUCAAUCAGAAUCCGUCGGCGUCGCACAGAUUCAGCUUAUUCCGGACGUAUUGGUUGGUUUGGGCCGUUCUGUUCCAAGCGGCCGUGCAUGUCGAUUCCCCUCGAGGAUUCACGGCCAGAUUUAUGACCAAUGUUUGGGCGAUGUUCGCCGUCGUCUUCCUCGCCAUUUACACUGCCAAUCUCGCCGCCUUCAUGAUCACCAGAGAGGAGUUUUUCGAAUUUUCAGGUGUCGACGAUCAUCGUUUAUGUCGUCCGACUUCGCACAAACCAACCAUCAAAUUCGGUACAAUACCCUGGUCGCAUACGGACUCAACACUAGCCAAAUACUUUAAAGAAAUGCACUCGUACAUGCGUCCGUACAAUAGAUCCACAGUUCUGCAAGGAGUAGCUGACGUCCUCAGCGGGGACAUGGACGCCUUCAUCUAUGAUGGGACCGUUUUAGACUACCUGACGUCACAGGACGAAGACUGUAGACUCCUCACGGUAGGAUCCUGGUAUGCUAUGACGGGGUAUGGUAUGGCCUUCCCAAGGAAUUCAAAAUACCUUAAGAUGUUCAACAAGAGGCUGCUAGACUUUCGGGAAAACGGUGACUUGGAGAGGCUUCGCCGAUACUGGAUGACCGGGGUGUGCAAGCCUGGAAAACAGGAGGUCAAAAGUUCAGAUCCCCUCGCUCUGGAGCAGUUCUUGUCCGCCUUCCUGCUUUUGAUGUCAGGAAUCCUACUGGCUGCUCUCCUGCUCUUCCUGGAAUACCUCUACUUCAAAUACGUGCGGAAACACCUCGCGAAAACCGACAGAGGAGGAUGUUGCGCUCUGAUAAGCCUCUCAAUGGGAAAGAGCCUCACCUUCCGCGGGGCAGUGUACGAAGCGCAGGAUAUACUCAAGAAUCAUCGAUGUAAGGACCCGAUUUGCGACACUCACCUCUGGAAAGUCAAGCGAGAGUUGGAUGUGGCACAGCUGAGAAUAAAACAGCUCGAGAAAGAGAUGGAGGUGCACGGUAUCAAACCUCCUCCUCCUUGUAAACGUAAUGGUAAGCGUCAUCGUCCUAGCACCUGCAACUGUCUCACAUCCUGUCUGGAUACUUCCGAAUCACCUGAUGUCAUCGUUUCCGGCGAACAAGCACGAGCUAGAUUACGAACGCUAAAUCCGGAUAGGGGUAGCGACGUUGAUUUAUUUGGUCGCCGAACGGAAAUAGCAGAAAUGGAAACUGUGCUGUGAUCGAAGUAAAAUUUGCACAAAUUAACAACACCAAGUACUGAGAACAACUUUUAUGAAAAACUCGCUCAGUAUAUCCGUAUAAUUUUGUAUUGCCUGAUAAUAAAAUGAACUCUUAUGAUUGUGGUGCAUUGUUGAUUAGUUUCAGUGACUACUCAAUACCAUUAUAGACUUCAUGAAAGGGGAAAAUUUCAAACAAAAGGUCUUUAUCAUCGGCAAAAUCCUGAACUGAGUCCAAAGCUCUUGACGUGGUAGUUUCAGAUAUUUCAGAAAUUCGAUUUAUUAAAAUUGGUGUGAAAUAUCAGUUUGACAUUGUGUAUGUUGAAACUCAGAAACUGGAAAGGUUCUCAAAUUCUCGAAAAGUUGACAUUGUUUGCCACAAAUAACAUGAA